GUACUGGAGAGAAAUAAUUGAUCGGCUGAAGAGAAUCCCUCACAAUGAUAUUCUAGGAAAGCUUCGGCUUAAUUUUGAUGGACUGAACAAAGAUGAGAAGGAAAUAUUUCUAGAUAUUGCAUUUAUUGAUAUUGCAUGCUUGACUGGAUCUAGUUUUACUCUUUAUGUGGAACUAGUACUUGAGACUCGUGGUUUUCAACUGAUAAGUGUUUGCCUUAUCGAAAAAUCUCUGUUAUUCAUUGACAUAUAUAAUAGAAUCAUGAUGCAUAAUAUGAUAAGAGAUAUGGGUGUAAAUGUCAUACGGAAAGAGUACGCUAACAGCAGAACAUGGCUUCCCGAGGGGGUUUGUGACCUUUUUAAAGGAAAGUUGAUAACAGAAAAGGUGGAAAGCCUAUGUAUCCCUUGUGGUUACGAUUUUGAAGAUGAUCCUGUCAAUUAUAGCAAUAUUUUGAAGAGGAUGCAAAGCUUACAAGUACUCAUAAUUCGUGAUGGAACUGUUAGCUCGGACGCUAUCUCUUAUCUUCCUUCCAGUUUGCUGUUUAUUGAGUGGGAGAAUUCAGUACAGGGAGGUAACAUGUUGGGGAAUUCACCUGGAGUAUGAGAAUAAAGAUAGGAGAUGGAGAAGGAAGCAACGAGCAAUCCAAAGUCUCAAACUCUUUCCAGUUCUGCGAAAAGAUACUGCAGUGACAACUGAAAUUGGCUGCUCUAUGGUACUACUUGAGCAACCAGCAUGCACUUCUGGACAUUUGCAAGCAUCUGCUGAUCAUAACAUGGCAACAGACAGGGAACUACAUUUGGGCAAUGAGAAUAAAGAUCUAGAGGUGGAUCAAGCAGCAAUGGCAGUUCAAAAGGAACAUGAAUCUCAG